GCGGGCGCGUGUGAUUCGGACCCAGCUAAUGGAUGUCAGAUGUGUUUGUACUGUUCGACUUCGUCAUGGAGCCGUUGCAGCGGGGAUGAGUACAGGGUUUUUCUCUUUUAAACUGUUCCAUAUUAAACUCCUCUAAUUCCUGUAUGCUCCGUUUUUACCCGCGAACCUGAGUCCAUUUCGUCUGGAACGGAACCGGCCAUGACCGUGGAGCAGAAUGUCCUGCAGCAGCACUCUCAGAAGCACCAGCAGACAUUACUGAACCAGCUGAGGGAAGUUACUGGAACUACAGAUGUUCAGCUGUUACAGCAGGCACUGCAGGUCAGUAACGGUGACCUAGCUGAGGCGGUGGCCUUUCUCACUGAGAAGAACACCAAGGUCCCGCAGCAAGAUGAAGCCACCUAUUACCAGACGGCCCAAAUCACCAAUGAUAGAUACAUCAGUGUGGGCAGCCAGGCUGACACAAAUGUAAUAGAUCUCACUGGAGAUGAUAAAGAUGACCUUCAGAGGGCCAUCGCUCUCAGUCUGGAGGAGUCAAACAGGGCCUUCAGGGAGACGGGCAUCACUGAUGAAGAGCAGGCUAUCAGCAGAGUCCUGGAGGCCAGCAUCGCCGAGAACAAGGCGAGCCUGAAGCGCACGCACACAGAAGUAUGGAGCGAUUCACCCAACCCUCACGACAGGAAGCGGCAGGAGAACUGUCCCGUAGGGCUGAAGAACGUGGGGAACACGUGCUGGUUCAGUGCAGUUAUACAGUCUCUUUUUAACCUGCUGGAGUUCCAGAGGCUGGUGUUGCAUUAUCCCCCCCCUGCACGGAUGCAGGACUUGCCGCGCAAUCAGAAGGAGCACAGGAACCUGCCUUUCAUGCAGGAGCUGAGGUGCCUUUUUUCUUUGUUGGUGGGUUCCAAGAGAAAGUAUGUGGACCCGUCCAGGGCCGUGGAGAUCCUCAAGGAUGCCUUUAAGUCCAGUGAAUCUCAGCAGCAGGAUGUGAGUGAGUUCACCCAUAAACUCUUGGACUGGCUAGAAGACGCGUUUCAGAUAAAGGCAGAGGAGGACAGAGAGGGAGAGAAGCCGAAGAACCCGAUGGUUGACCUGUUUUAUGGACGUUUCCUGGCUGUGGGCGUCCUGGAAGGAAAGAAAUUUGAGAACACUGAGAUGUUUGGGCAGUACCCUCUCCAGGUGAACGGCUUCAAAGAUCUGCACGAGUGUUUAGAGGCAGCCAUGAUAGAGGGCGAGAUCGAGUCUUUGCAUUCUGUCGAGAAUUCCGCCAAAUCAGGGCAAGAGCACUGGUUCACAGAACUCCCACCGGUUUUGACCUUUGAACUGUCAAGGUUUGAGUUUAAUCAAACCUUAGGCCGACCUGAGAAGAUUCACAACAAGCUAGAGUUUCCCUCCAUGCUGUACAUGGACAGGUACAUGGACAGGAACAGAGACAUCACGCGGAUAAAACGAGAGGAGAUCAGAAGACUAAAGGAGCACCUGACCGUUCUUCAGCAGCGACUGGAGAGGUAUCUGAGCUAUGGCUCAGGGCCCAAGCGGUUUCCUCUGGCCGAUGUUCUCCAGUUCGCCAUGGAGUUUGCAUCCAGCAAGCCUGUGUGUACAUCACCUGUGGAGGACAUUGAUACAACAGCACCACCUGGUGCCACGACUGCACUGCUGCCACCUCCAGCAAGCACAGGGGAGCAACCGGAUGCAUCUGUCCCACCUGAGGGCUCCGUCUCUGGUCCUCAGGCCCAGCAGCAGCAACAACAACAGCAACAACAGCAAAGAGUUUCGAUCCAUAAACCGUUCACUCAAUCUCGUGUGCCGCCAGAUCUACCCAUGCACCCCGCCCCACGGCACAUCACAGAGGAGGAGCUGCGGGUGCUGGAGGGCUGUCUGCACCGCUGGAGGAGCGAGGUGGAGAACGACACCAGGGAUCUGCAGGCCAGUAUAUCUAGAAUCCACAGAACCAUCGAGCUUAUGUAUUCUGACAAGUCCAUGAUGCAGGUGCCAUACCGGCUGCAUGCUGUUUUGGUCCACGAGGGUCAGGCUAAUGCAGGUCACUACUGGGCGUACAUCUUCGACCCACAUCAACAGCGAUGGAUGAAAUACAAUGACAUUUCGGUGACAAAGUCAUCCUGGGAGGAGCUUGUGCGAGACUCGUUCGGUGGAUAUCGCAAUGCCAGCGCAUAUUGCCUCAUGUACAUUGAUGAUAAAAAACCCUUCCUUAUUGAAGAGGAGUUUGAUAAAGAGACAGGGCAGAUGCUCAGCGGCUUGGACAAGCUCCCUCCUGAUCUGAAGGAGUAUGUAGAGGCAGAUAACAAGCUCUUUGAGAGGGAGAUGGAGGAGUGGGACGCUCUACAGGCACGCAAACUCCAGCAGGAGAAACUGGCUCUGGCCGCCGCCAGUGUGGCCGCCCAGCCCAUGAGCACUGAACCCUGCCCUCCAGAUAACACAGCUGCCCCUCAGCAUGACCCAGAGUACAUGGAGCAGCAGUCGCCCACCGGAGACUCCAAACACCUGCAGGAGGACACGGAGAGAGCCAUCAGCAAAGCCGCAGCUGAGCAUGAUGAGAAGAGUCCAGAAGCCCUGCUCAACACAUCUCAGUCAUCACAUCCCGACAGCGAGGUGACCUCUGACCCCUGUCCUCCCCUUGACCCUGAACAGGAUGACACUGCCUCCUCUCCGCCCGCACCUCAGCGGGUGGUUGAGGUGGCCAUUCCUAAUGUAGGAACCUUUGUCAUUCAGUCGAAGGAGGGAGGUUAUGAUGAUGAGGCGAUGAUGACCCCAAACAUGCAGGGUGUCAUAAUGGCCAUUGGCAAAUCCAGGAGUGUUUAUGACAAGUGUGGGCCUGAAGCAGCGUUCUUCAAGGCGAUGAAAGUAGAGUACACUCGUUUACUGAGGUUCGCUCAGGAGGACACGCCCCCCGAGAGGGACUACCGAUUGCAUCACGUCAUUGUUUACUUCAUUCACAACCAGGUGCCCAAAAAGAUUGUGGAGAGAACUCUGCUCAUGCAGUUUGCCGACAGAAACCUUAUCAGUAUUGCCACCUUUUGCAGGAGAUUGAAGCAGUUUGCAUGUUCUCACUACUUUAUUUUUAAUUGUACUUUGUCAUUUAAAAAUGAUCUUAUGCUACUUCUUCUGGCACAGGUGUGGCAUCAGGAUUACAGGAAAUUCCGUGACACGACAGUGUUUCUAUUGAUCGGCCUGGAAUUAUUCUUAAAGAAGAGUUACGUGGAAUCAUUGAUGUACCUGAUCUACGCCUAUCAAUACAACAAAGAGCUCCUGGCAAAAGGGCCGUACAGAGGCCACAAUGAGGAGCUGAUCGCACAUUACCGCAGAGAGUGCCUGCUAAAGGUGAAUGAACACGCGGCUGCCCUCUUUGAGACAGGCGAGGAGACUGAAGUGAACACUGGUCUGAGCAUCAUGAACGAGCUGGUGGUGGCGUGUAUUCCACUGCUGCUGGUGGAUGAGAUGGAGGAGAAAGACACGGUGGCUGUCGAAGACAUGAGGAACCGAUGGUGUUCAUACCUGGGCCAGGAAAUGGAGCCUAAUCUCCAGGAGAAGCUGACCGACUUCCUGCCCAAGCUGCUCGACUGCUCAACCGAGAUCAAAAGCUUUCAUGACCCUCCCAAACUACCUUCAUACUCCACGCUGGAGCUGUGCGAGCGUUACGGCCGGGUCAUGACGUCACUCACCCUGAGUCGAACCCCUGCAGACGGCAGAUGAGCUGCGCAGACUUCAUCUCCCCUCAACUAACACAUGCCUUCCUUAAAGCAGGGCUUUCCCAAACCUACUAACCUUUCCUUUCUCUUUUGCUGCUAGAGAUUUUACCUUAUCCUUAUCGGUAUUAUUAAUAUUAUUUUGAGGAUUCUGUUAUAUUUUAAAGCUAAUGCAACAGUAAGAAUGGCGUGAAACUGAGCAGAGACGAAGAAGCAUUAGACGGAUAGUUCACUCAAAAAUAAAAGUUUAGACAUCAUUUGUUUACUUCAUGUUGUUCCAAACCCAUAUGAAAAGGAGAUGUCUAGCAGAAUGUUCAAGCUGCUGGGACCAGGGACAGCUGUGGUUGGAAAGAAGAAAGUUAUAUGGACUCUAAAAUACUUGAGGGUAAAGAAAUGAGGCUGAAUUUUCAUUUUCAAGUGAACUAUCCCUUCAAAGCGAAGAAUGGUAUCAUGUUUGGUGCUUUAGACAUUGGCGCAUGCAGCUUUAGGUUUGUGAAACGAGGUUGAGGAUUCAUUUCAAUGUUUUGUUUUAUUUUCCCUCAUCUUCCCUUUUCACAUGAGAAGCGGGUCAACCUGCCGCGCCGCCCUCAGUUACAGUGUUACUGCAUUGUUUUGUUUUUUCUAAGGACGGUGAGUCAAAAAGCUGGAGGCUCUCGGAUGGGUCUGCGGACCUGACGACUGGGACUUUAACACAAGUUUUAAGUGCUGUGGUUGGCAGCCAUGGGACAUACUGUGGCUGUUAAUACAUUGAGAGAAUAAAGUUUUUAUUUAUGGCUCUUUUAGGCCAGAUACAUAUUUUUUUAAAUGUUCCUCCUAAUCUUUAUUGAACUUCGCAUUGAAUGAAACUGUGCUGUGCUACUUUGGGUAUCUCAAAGAGAACGGAGUAUGUUUUCCCCAUGGACUUGGAUAGAUUUGACUGCAUCUGAAUCCUUUUUAGAUUCUUCCUGAGUUUGGUUUUCCAUAAGAAGUUUCGUAGAUACAGAAAAAGCCAGGUAUUGAGUAAAAAGGCACACACACUACUGCUUUCCCAAAGAAUACUGAUAAGAACACAGUACUAUAUUGAAUCUGUCUUUCACAGUCCAUCGCUGUGCAUUCAUAGUACAAUGUGCCGAGUGAACUUUCAUUGUUGCAUUGCUAGCUUCAAGGGGGAUUUGAUGCCAAGCAUCAACUAGAACUGAAAGUUUAGCAUUCACACUGGUGGAAAAUUCCUGAAUGGACGCACUCAGCAUUACCAUUGUACAUACACCCUUAUUUGUGUCAAAAAGUGUGAUUUAUUAUUUUAUUUUUUUUGAUCAGAGCAGCUUGUUCAGCACAUAUGACUUUAAAGGCUAUUAAACAAAGCUGACACAAAUAAACAAACCAAAAC